UGUUGAUCACGUUGAACCGCGGCGGAGGAGGAGAUGAGCAGAGACCUAUCUUAAUCCUCCUUGAACACUAGGAUCUGCACUACUUCUCUUUGCUUAUGGUUUAUAGUUGAUCUCAUACAAAAAAAAUGUGCAAAAUGCUUCGCGGGAAGACCGCGGGGCCAACGACGCGCUCACCUGGUCAAGGUGAUGGCGCGACCGGAACUUCUCCCGUCGCCCCGCAACGACAGCGAGUUGAUGACACGGUGGCUCGACCAGCUUCGGCGAAGUGGCUGGUCGUGGUCUUAUUUUGAAAAUAAUGAAACUUGAAGGGGACGACGAGAGUGUUCUGGUCGGCAUUUUGCGAGGACGUCGGGUAAAGAAACUCCAUCUGGUGCACUAGCACCAGUUGUAGCAUCAUCAUUAUCAUCCGUCGACAAUGCAACAUCUUCACCCGCCCUCACCGUAAGACCGACAAUGAGUAGCGGUGGUUCUCCUGUCGCUCAGUUUUGUUGUCCGACCACCUGCCCUGCGUUCCUUCCGAAAAACGGGAGGCGCGACACAAACGCGUCCACAGGGCCCCCGUCGAUACAGCCGUCAGCGUCUAGCUCGACAUUGCCCACGAGGGGGAAAAUGCAUUCGGCGCGGAACAGGACUGCUGCGGCAGCAUGGGGCACUGGAACUUCUUACUACGGCAAUAGGCGUAGAACAAGAACCACUAGUAGGGCUAGGGCCUAUACUCCCGAUGCAGCUUCAACCACAAGAACCUCUAUUCCCUGUUGCGUGGCGAACACUAGCUGUCAAAACCUGUUCUGCACCUGCGCAACUGCUGCGGCCUCCACCGCGUUGCUUGCGCACGUUGUUUUAUUUGAGCGACGAGACCAACAGUCUUAUUUCCGAACGGUGGAAGAGGAGGAGCAACUGUUAAAAGAAGAACUGCAGCAAAGUCGUCAUGCUGGUUGUAACUACUAUCACAUCAACAUGAAAUCCGCUCGUCAAGAAGAACGUCCAAUGAUUUUAGCCGCGCACGCCCGGAUUGUGCGCGAAGAGGGAAAAGGGGAAAAAGAGAUCGAAGUGGGGGAGGACCACGCUCUUGUUGGAGAAGAAGAAGGAAUGGGAAGUAGAAAUACGGGGAGGAACGACGAUAAUAACAUAUCGGAAGAACAAGAGCCAGGACGAGCAGACGGUCAUUCAGGAGUAUUACCAUUAGCGAGCAACUCAUCGUCAACCUCCGCGACAGCGAUAGUAAUCCCAGGCGACGGCGAAACGGUCAGUGCAACGCCAGCCGCCGAAGAUUUCGUUGGAGAUGAUAAACCACCACCAGAGAGCAUGACUUCUAACCAGAAUCCACCAACAUCUACUUCGCCACCGACGGCAAAUAAGACGAACAUGAUGAGAAAGGAGCAAGGACAGAGCAGUCAAGAUGAAAACCAAAUAAAUGGCCAUCAACGACCUCCGCAUGACCAAAAAGAUCUAGCUGGUGAUGGUGAACAUGAGCAUCUUCUUCAGCGAGAUGAAUCGGAUGUGGUGGAAACAAAGCAGAAACGGCAGGAAGACGAAGAAGCAGGCGGAAAAGUAGCCGACUCAAAAUCCAAAACGACUACGCUGUUGGAGGAGUCCGCGACAGCUGCAAUAGACGAGCACCAACCAGGACGGGCCCCGUCCGUAAAAAGUGCUGACGAAACCACAAGCAACGCAGGAGCCAGUGGGCCGACUGCGAUGAGCGAGGAAGUUGUUUCUGGACCACUGCCUCCUGGUCGUGAAGAUGCAAAUGCUGUUGAGGAAGAAGAUGGCGCUGAAGAUGAUAUCGCACCGAGAGAGGACGACUCAUCUUCCCGCGAAGAUGAACAAACUUCAGACAUUUCAACGACAGAUUACAUCAAAUCUACCGUCCGGUAUUACCUCCAGGACCUGGCCUUGUCGGUCUACCACAACAAACACCUACGGCCGUUCCUGGCAAAGACAAACAUCGUGCCGUUUGUGGUGCGGACAUUUGCUGCCCCUAGUUACUUUGGAAGCACUGCUAGCAGUAGGACGAGAAAGAACUCACCCGCUACCACGUCCUACCGACAAAAGGGAAAAGAGCGCGGCACGAACGGAGAAGAAACGAGGGAGUUCAACAAAAAAACAAAGGCCUCCGCUUCCACUGGUGCGCAAAAUAGAGCAAGAUCACAGCAUCACGGACGUCACGAGGUUCGAGUGUCUUCCUUUGCCUACGACGAGGUCGACGCGCAGGCGGCAAAGAGCGGCCGCAGUACUUCUACCAGAAACCUCAACACGGCUGCUGCUCGGAUGGAAAAUAAGUUUGUAGUGGUCGGGCCACCGAUAAGAGUAGACCGAACUGUAUCGGCGCGGAAGAACGAAACGGAACUGCUCCUGAGAGCAGCAGCAGCGGGAGCAGGUAAAAUGAAAACGUCGUCGUCUGGUAGACUAAGAAGACACGACGAAUCACCUGGGGGUGCGCAGACGAGUAGAGUAAGCUUCAACAGUGCCGGCACAAGCGCCCACGACAGUCACGAUGUACUGAAAGGAUCUUCCAUUUCGUUCUUGUCCGGCGAAGAAGAAACAGAAAUGCUCGAGCAUGAUCAUGAACGUCACCACGCUGCUGCGAUGAAGACGUCCUCUGCAGUGAGUAUUUCUACUUCAUCAACAUCCGAACAAACAGAAACUAUUUUGAGGUCUUCGUACUCUUACCACUAUCCCGCGCUCGACUUUUUCGAAGCAGACAACACCUGUUUUGAACGGCUACAGCACGAAGUGUUGAAGCUACGGCAGCCGACCAUCUUUACCGAUGCCGGCGCCUAUUAUUGUCGGGAGAAGGAUGAAGACAACAACGGCAACGACCUCGACACUGCUUGGUGGGGAACCUUCAAGCAGGGGAUGAAUCGGGCGGACAGGAAUAAGAUGUACGAAGACAUUCCGGAACUGUCAGGACCGAAAUCGUCAAAAUCGAAAAACUUGUGAUGCAUAAAAUGAAAAUCGAUACCAGUUGGACCCUCAGUUUGCAAGCGGCGCAUGACAAAUUUCGGGAGCACCCAGAUGCAGUCUGUCAUGCUGUUUGGGAAAAGAAGACUGCUCCUGUCAUGCUACUCUGGCAGCAGAUUGCAUACCGCUAAUAAACAGGCUUGCAAUAGGACUCAUUUGCCUGCUCCCCAAUACAGGCCACGCGUGCCCUACAUUUUUUGCAUUACUUACAAAUUUCUCGACUUUGUCAAUUUCGAUCCUGACACAUCCAUAGACAUCGCUUACGGCUUCCUGUUCUAUCCCACCUACGACAAAAGCGGAGGCUCCAGCUAUCUAUGCAUCGAAAAAGAGCAGGGCCGCGAUGCUGUCGUAAGUUUAUCAAAUGCGUCUAGUACAACUUCUAGUUCUACCGUACACGAGUGUUGGACCUGCAUGGCCAGCUUAAAUCUGGACAAGCAGGAGCUGCUUUUGAUUUGCGCUCUUGAUAGGUGAGCUAGUACAUCCUUUUAACUGACAAAUACUUAUCAGACAGCCACAGCAUGAUCUACAUGUUUUUCUUUUUUCUGUGGUCACUUGCAUGACGGUCAUGGACAUUGUACUAUACACGCGACACUGACGCUCAGCAUCUUCUUGCAAACCAUAUCAUUGCGGGUUAAGUACCACGGCAGUAGACGACGUAUUCAGUGCAAUGAUACCUCCGUGCUAGAAGUGCUGGCAUAACGUCCAGCAUGAUGAAAAAGAAAAUUUGUAAACGCGGAUUUUUCAUACAUAAGGAAGAGACCCGUAAAUGCAUCAUGCAGCUUGUUGCUACGACUACGAGUGGGAGUGCAGCACUUUUGCACAGGAUGGUCGGAAGAUUCUAACGAUCCCUGUGUCAAGGCAUGCGGUUUAUGGAAGUGCCAGGUUUCAAAUCGACAAAAUGGACAGGGUUCGUCAUGCCUAGAAGUCACACGAGUAGUUCGACGCUCUGUCAUUUCUAAGCCGCGCGUGACAAUUUUUUCAUGUUGUAACCCUCGGGGCCUCGUGCUUAGCACCCUGCCAUGCCUCCAAGCGAUUCCAUUGGUUUGUGGUAUUAGCAAGCGUAGGCUCGUCACACUCGAUAGCGUUCGAAGCAACGUAGCUUUUUGUAUAUUAGCCAAAAAAUCAUGCAUGACAACUACAAAUGAAUACCAUUUUCAUUUUGAAAAUUUACAACUUGGCGCUUCAAUACGGGAACAACGAAGAGUUCGAGAACUACGAAAAGUUCUGGAACCCGCCCUCGUCCGUGGACCUGAACGAGCACCUUUCGUUAUCAAAUGCAAAUAUGUCUGAGUCCUCUGGAACGUCGCAAGACUUGUCAUGCAGGUUUUCCAAGACCCAUGAGGUCUGGAAAAAUGCGAGACCCAGCAUGACAGAUUCUUUGAGGUCUCUAUCAUGCCUUUCGUGCAUGAGAAACUCUCUCUCGACUUGGUCAAAAGCGGACACACAGAUUUUUGCAUCAUUCAGAUUUAGCAUGACAAGUUUGAAUCUUGUUCCAGAGGACCCAGACAUAUUUUUUGCAAUGCAUAUUCGUUGUGCUGCAAUUGGGCCUGGGCCGACGACGACCCUACUAGGCCGAUCCGUUGCAAACCGGACACCUUGUUCAACAUCAUGCGGAGGAAAUACACUCGGGAUGGUUUCGCAACCGCCUACAAUGUGGAGGAUUCACACUACUGUCUUCCCAAGGAGACCUACGAAACUUUCGACAACGAUAACCCCGACGACAGAAGAAAGCUGAAUCACAUCCCGGCUUGCGCGGCCCGAGUGUUUGACCGAAGCAAGUGUAGUGGUGGAAUCAUGACGGCGGAUUGCGAAAACAGCUGCAAUAUGGAUUGCAAAAGUAUCGUACUCGUACAAGUCGCAAUACAAAUUUACUCCACAGAAGAUGAAGGCGAACAAGUAGAAGCGGAGUGUGUCUGAUUCAGGUCGUACUAGAGAAGAUCUGUCACGCAGUUCUGCAAGUAGUACGAGUGCGAUACUUUUGUAAAGGAUACGCAACGCGGAUCCGGAGUCUCGCUGCGAGUGGAAGAAACCUCCGACGACGACCACUGUAUGGAUUCCAACUGUGUCUGGGUCUGGGAGAAUGUUGCAAUGUUUGUGAUGCAAGUUUUGCAUGGCCCAGAAGGUGGGGCGUAGCAUCUUCACAAGUUUUCCGGCAGCUUUUAAGAGCAUAAAGCAGUCUGGUGCGUGACAAUAAAUCAUGCUGUACAGCUUCAGUUGCUACUCACGCAUGACAGAUUUUUGUGUGAAUCACAGAAAGAGUUACUGGUUUAUUGCACCUUUCCAGACGCAGACACAUAUUAUGCAUUUGAUACACGCCGUGCGUCCCCCUGCCGUCUUCAUAUGGCACGAAAAAACUGCUUCGCCGCACUACACUUCCUGGUAAAAAAAAACUAUAAGGGUAUGUCUAUGUCAUGUGCAUGCAGCACAUCAGUAGAAGCGUUUGUCUAACUCGAAGAAUUGCAACGCAUGGGAAAAUCAUUUCUCACUGAGAUUUCCCUCAUUGCGGGGCACGCUCACGCAUGGUUGAUGUUAUGAUUUGAUGCCAGUGUUCCCCGUAAAGCAAGCGCGUGCUGUGCAAAUUUUGCAAAAUCGUCUUCACAGAAGUUGUGAAGUGAAACAGUUUUUCUGUUGGCAACUUGAUACAACCGUGAGCGCAGAUGGUGCAUCACUUGGUGGGGUACCACCAGCCGAAAUAGCGGAAAGGUAAAGGUUUCGUAUACAUGAUUCAGCAUAGUAAGAAUUCUUUUUUCUAGGAUCUUGCCAACUACAUGAGUAGUCGCAUGAUGCAGUUUGUCGAGCAUAUUGUGCAGGAGAAGUCGUAUGUGAACGCAUACUUCGAUACUAUAAGCUUGUAUUGCAUAGUGCACGACCAUCUGCCGUGAGGACGAGGAUCAUGAUAUUCCUUCACCUUUGUCAUGCAGGAACAGUCUCGUGAAAACAUCACCAUCACAGAAUCGACCUGUCGCAAUCCACGAAGACCUGGGUCGAGUUCCUGAAGGAGCGAUCUAUGAUGCCCAGCAUGACGGAAGCGGACGCCGUAUCGAUGGAUGACAAAGUCGUGUGCAACGAGGCCGCAAACUGGACCGGUGCUGUAUCUUGAGAAAAAACUGUUUACAGUCACACACCCUGAUGCAAGACAAGCAAGGCAGACAACCUCUGUCAUGCCGGAAAUCAUGCUUGCCACCCUCAUUAUUAUUUCCUGCCUGCGCAUUUUUACAACGAGCUUUCUUUGCCACACAGAGCAAGUUUGUGAUGCUGAAAUUCCACGACCAAGUGCGUAACUGUAACAUUUUUUUGUAUGGAUAUGCUGCUCCGAAGUUCUACUGUCCUAGCCCGGGCGGCGACGUCCAGAUAUGAAAUGCAAAAGCAUCGCACUCGUAUAAAUGAAUCACAAAUUUUCUCAACAUGAGAAAUAGAAAUUGUAAACGCGGAUUUGCCUUAAGAAAAAUGUAAUGCAUAAAUGCAAUUGGUACGAGUACCUACGAUACUUUUGCACAGGAUACCAGAUGACCGGCUGCAACGAGACCUUGGCACUCCUCAAGUCGAGCAGCAAUUUGAGCAAUGUUAGUCUGGAAAAUGUAAGUGCACGACUGGAGACGGAAAAAGCGUCUGCGAGACGGCGACAGAUGGCAGGAGGAACUACGACACUUGUUGUCACGAUUCUGAUCGCUGGCGGGUCAUCUCUCUUGUCUAUCCUUUUGCUGUAGAUGGCAGAAGCAGGAAUAGGUCCAACAUCACGACCUUCAAGAUCUUUAUAAUCGCAGGAGAUACAACUUCUCUACUUCAUUUUCUGAUAGAUAUCCAUAUCAUCCGACUCGGUAAAAGAAGUAGCAACCAGAUUCGGCACCAGCAUCCGAGUCGGUAAAAGAAGUAGUUGCUGCAAAGGUCAUUUUUGUUACUUUAGCCAUGAUAUUUGAGACUGAAAGUUUAUCGUCGAUGACACAGUCGUUGCAAGAAGGCAGGAAGAAAACAGGAGGCAAGGCAAUGCUCUGGACCCGGUGGAUCACGGGAUUCCAAAAAUUGCCAGGUUGUAGUUCUGCAAAGAAUAAGAAGCCUCCCAAUAACGACAAAGAAACCCGUACUGCUCGUUCUUCGCGUUCCCAGUCUAGUUCGUAAUUCUUGGCGCUGCCGAAUAAAUCGUGUUCGCACCACGACCCUGCAAGCU